AUGGACGAAGUGACUGGAGCUCAGCUGAUCGCUGAGUCUCUGAAAACUCAGAAAGUGGAGUACAUGUUCGGGAUAGUUGGUGUUCCUGUCAUUGAAGUAGCCAUGGCUGCUCAAGCUGCUGGGAUCAGAUACGUAGGAAUGCGCAACGAGCAGGCGGCGUGUUAUGCAGCAUCUGCCAUUGGAUACAUAACAGGGAGACCAGGAGCAUGCCUGGUGGUGUCUGGACCUGGACUCAUUCAUGCUUUGGGUGGGAUGGCUAAUGCCAACAUGAACUGCUGGCCUGUGAUUGUUAUAGGAGGGUCCUCAGACCGAAACCAGGAAACAGCAGGAGCCUUUCAGGAGUUUCCUCAGGUGGAGGCAUGCCGCCUGUACAGCAAGUUUUCUGCCAGGCCAAGCAGUCUGGAAGCCAUCCCCUCCGUCAUAGAGAAGGCAGUCCGCACUAGCAUUUAUGGGCGUCCAGGUGCAGUCUAUGUUGACAUUGCAGGGGAUAUGGUAAACGCUAAAGUGGAGAGGAGCAAAGUGAGAGACGUGUCCUGCUGUCCUCCUCCUCCAGUGAGUUUGGCUGACCACACUGCAGUCAGUGAGGCUGUCUCUGUCUUAAAAGCAGCCAAGGCACCUUUAGUCAUCGUUGGCAAAGGAGCAGCCUAUGGCAGAGCGGAGGCUGUGCUGAGGGAGUUUGUGGAGAUGAGCGGUCUGCCAUUCCUCCCCACCCCUAUGGGGAAAGGAGUCAUACCUGACGAUCACCCCCACUGUGUCGCUGCUGCCCGCUCAAGAGCUCUCCUCCAGGCUGACGUCGUGCUUUUGCUUGGAGCCAGACUGAACUGGAUUCUGCAUUUUGGUCUGCCGCCCAGAUUUAAUGCCAGCGUAAAGAUCAUCCAGGUUGACCUCUGUGCUGAGGAGAUGGGCAACAACGUGAGGCCGGCUGUUGCUCUCCUGGGGGACAUCGGUGCUGUUAUUUCUCAGCUCAGGAUGUGUGUCUGCAAAGACGGCUGGAAAUAUCCCUCUAAUACAGAGUGGUGGACCUCACUGAAGGAGAAAAUGACUGCUAAUGCAAAAAUAUCACAAGCACUUUCUCUUAAAGCCACAUUGCCCAUGAACUACUACACAGUGUUUCACCACAUUUCAGAGUUGCUGCCACAGGACUGCAUCAUCGUUAGCGAGGGAGCAAACACCAUGGAUAUUGGACGCACCAUGCUGAAUAACUACUUACCUCGGCACAGGUUGGACGCAGGCACUUUUGGAACAAUGGGAGUCGGCCUUGGAUUUGCUGUAGCGGCAGCUGCUGUGGAGAGGAGCAGGAACAAAAGCAGAAGGGUAGUCUGCGUGGAAGGAGACAGUGCUUUUGGAUUUUCUGGUAUGGAGGUUGAGACCAUGUGCAGGUAUAAUCUACCUGUGGUCAUUAUCGUCAUCAAUAAUAAUGGUAUAUACAGCGGAGUAGAUUCUGACACAUGGAAAGAACUGUCAAAAAUGGGAGAUCUGACUUCUAUAGCCCCUCCCGUGUCCCUCCUGCCUGAGGCUCGCUACGAUGCUGUCAUGGCAGCGUUCGGAGGUCAAGGUUUUCUAGUGAGGACGGUGACGGAGCUGCGCAGCGCCUUGCAGCUCAGCCUGAGCGACUGGGAAAGACCCAGUCUCCUCAACGUGCUCAUUGACCCUUCGUCUGACAGGAAACAACAGGAGUUUCCUUGGCUCACUCGCUCAAACCUCUAGACUAAUCCUCAUCC